AUUCCGCCAAUCAGAAAGUGACUUCCGCCCGGUGGCCCCGGGCUACGCCUGGAUAAAAACCUGAGCAGGUGGACGCCGGACCCGACUACUUUCGGUUGGGGCGCCAAUCGCGGAACGCAACGAGGACUUACAUCUAGCAAAGUGACAGCCAGCAUGACCGACGCCGACGCCGAGGCACAGAGCGCUCCACCUUUGGCCCCCGUGGAAGACAAGCCACAAGCGGAGAGGAAAAUCAUAGCCACCUUGGUACAAGGGACAGUGAAGUGGUUCAACGUACGUAAUGGAUACGGCUUCAUUAACAGGAAUGAUACCAAGGAAGAUGUGUUUGUUCAUCAGACGGCAAUCAAGAAAAACAACCCGAGGAAGUUCCUCCGGAGUGUUGGCGACGGCGAAGUGGUAGAGUUCGACGUGAUCGAAGCUGUCAAGGGUUCGGAAGCAGCCAACGUGACUGGCCCCGGCGGGGUGCCUGUCAAGGGGAGCCGCUACGCGCCCAACAAGCGCCGCUUCCGGCGGCGGUUCUUCCCGCGGCCCGGGGACAAGCCGGCAGACGGCCAGACCCCCGGCGUCGAUGAGGAAGGGCGUGCCGACGAUGGAAGACCCCAACUGCAGCAACGCCAAAGGCCUCGCCGACCGCUCCCGCAGUCAAAUGGUGAAACAGGCGAACUAAAAGGCACAGAAGGAGAUCAAACACAAAGACUGCCGCGGCGUCGGUUCUGGCGGCCAUAUCGGCGACCGUUCCGUCCACGACCUGCUUCGGCCCAUCCGAAGGAGGGUGAUCAGAAUCAGCAGCAGCAGGCAAAUGCACCUGAGGAGCAACCAGAGUCGUCCGAAAACAAUGCAGAUGCCGCAGAGGGCCAGAAGCAGCGGCAACGCCAGCUGAGACGCCGACGGCAGAGAAACUCUGAGUCAUCGGUCUCCAAAAACGGAACUGAGAAGUCUGCCUCGGAACCCGGUACCCCUCCUCAGACCUCCAAGGGAGACUUGAAAUCCAAAUCCCCGAAGGGCUCUCUGAAGAGCCCACCCAAGUCACCAGAGCAGCCGGCUGACACAAGUGUCCCGGCACCGACGGAGUGACGGUCCCUCGCGGACAGUCGAGGGACCCUUGAGAAGGGGUCCAUGCAUUGAAGGACUGGCCCUAUUUGAGAACGUACGUCUCCCCUCCUUGCACACCCUCAAUCCCCCCCGUCCCCUAAACCUGCGUCACCCCUCGGAACACCUCUGCCCCGCCCCCACCUUACUCCAUAGGCAGGAAAGACACAGGUGUGGAUUUUCAUCUUAAGAAGGGGCCUGAAAAGGGAAAUGAUUAAAAAAAAAAAAAGAAAUGCUUCAAGUUCCCUAAAAAAAAACAACAAUUUUCUUUAAAUUGAUGCAUCAAGUAGUUACUACAGGAACUAGCCUUGAUUUUUAUUUGACUUUUUAAUUUUGUUGAAGAGGGGAGAACAAAGCAGGUGCAUUUACGGGGCUGGGUUUAGUUACCACCUGACAAUUCUUAAAGGUACCCUUCGUUAUCCUCGUUAGAGGGUGAAUUAUAAAUGGAAAAGCUUUGUUUUACUUGUGAUUUUUUUUUUUUUCGGUUUCCCAUGGAGGGGAUUAUGUGCAAUGUGAAAAAGUCGAUGUGAAUAAACCAUGUUUGCAAUUCUG